AUGUCAGACGCUCCGAGACCAAAGGCCACAGUCUACGUCGGAGGCUUGACCUCUGCCGUCGACAGCCAUACCCUGCACAACGCCUUCAUUCCCUUUGGCCCCAUUGUCAACAUUUCACUGCCAAAGCCAGAAUUACCAUCAAAUCCCGAACCUCACCGCGGAUUCGGUUAUGUCGAAUUUGAAAGCCCUCAGGAUGCCCAGGAGUCAAUCGACAACAUGGAUCAAAGUGAACUNUUUGGCCGUGUAAUCAAGGUCAAUCUAGCCAAGGAACAGAAAGCCGAAGGAGAAGGCCUGGGAAGCAAGACUGCUGUUUGGGAGCAAGAAGGAUAUCUCGCAAAGCAUGCAGUCAGCGAUGAAGAUCGCAUGGCUGCACGAGGCGAUGAGGAUGGUCAAGACGGCCCGAUGGAUCCUAUGCAAGGCCUGGAGAGUCUUGAUGUUGCUGGCCCUCAACAAGCCUAA